GCUCACCUAAGAAAAUUAUAAGGUCAUUUGAAUUACCGUAGCCAUAGAGCACUCUGUAACAAUGAGGCGAGUAAAAUGUUUACCGUGGUAACAAUGGACAGAUGAAAUAACGGGGGCAAAGUCGACCGUGUGCGCCACGCGUAUUCGGUACUAUCAGCCAGGAAGAAGGGAACGUAGCUUUCAUUGAAGACCGGUGUGUGUAUCAACGCAAGAAGACGCCUGAGCAGGGAAGCGGUCGCUAAGCCGAUCAAGGUGGAAUUCUACGGAACGGGUUCCACUUCAGGCAUAUAAUUCUCACAUUAGCGUAAUUGUGGGGACAGAAGAGCAGGAUGAUGCGCCUGGCGUGUUGCACUGUUCUCCUCUUCCUCUUCCGGCUCAUCCUGGGGUUGCCGUGGUACCAGGUGUUGCCUGCCAUCGCCAUCUUCUACCUGGGCUCCGGGGGGUACAAGUUCCUGCACAUCGUCAUAACAACGGUUGGGCGAGAUCUCCAUGCGGCGGGCGUCCUGCUGAAGGUGAAGCUGAACGUGAAGCGGCACCUGCGGCAGCGCAACACCAUCCCCAGGAUCUUCGCCGAGUCGGUGAAGCGGCACGGCGACAAGACGGCGCUGAUCUUCGAGGGCACGGGCGAGUCCUGGAGCUUCCGGCAGCUGGACGACUACUCGUCGCGCGUGGCCAACCUGCUGCUGCAGCGCGGCUACAAGGAGGGCGACGUGGUGGCCAUCUUCAUGGAGAACCGCGCGCAGUACGUGGGCCUGUGGCUCGGCAUGGCCAAGAUCGGCGUGGAGGCGGCGCUCAUCAACUUCAACCUGCGCCUCGAGGCCCUCGUGCACUGCAUCAACAUCUCCAACGCCAAGGCCGUGGUGUUCGGCAGCGAGCUCACCGAAGCCUUGUGUGAGGUGCACAGCUCCAUGGGGAAGACGGUCAGUCUGCUCUGCUCCGGGGACUUCGAUUCCAAAAAGGUUCCGCAGGGAACCGAGCGCCUGGAGCCACUCCUGGAUGCCGCCCCCUCUCACCUGCCCAGCCAACCAGAUCGCGGCUUCACAGAUCGGCUGUUCUACAUCUACACGUCUGGGACCACAGGGCUCCCCAAAGCUGCCAUCGUAGUCCACAGCAGAUACUACCGCAUGGCUGCGCUGGUGUACUACGGAUUCAAGAUGACCCCAGAAGAUGUGAUGUACGACUGCUUGCCCCUCUACCACUCUGCAGGUAACAUUGUUGGAGUUGGCCAGUGUUUGAUCCACGGCAUGACCGUUGUCAUCAGAAAGAAGUUCUCGGCCUCCAAGUUCUGGGACGACUGCAUCAAAUACAACUGCACUAUUGUUCAGUACAUCGGGGAGAUCUGCCGGUACCUCCUCAACCAGCCGGUGCGUGAGACCGAAAAGCAGCACCGUGUACGCAUGGCGCUAGGCAACGGCUUGCGGCAAUCCAUCUGGGAGGAGUUCACCGGUCGCUUCAACGUUCCGCAGAUCGCAGAGUUCUACGGCGCGACCGAGUGUAACUGCAGCCUGGGGAACUUUGACAACAAGACAGGUGCCUGUGGCUUUAACAGCCGCAUCCUGCCCUACAUCUACCCGAUCCGCCUGGUGAAGGUGGACGAGGAGACCAUGGAGCUCAUCAGAGGACCGGACGGAGUGUGUAUCCCCUGUGGGCCUGGUGAGCCUGGUCAGUUGGUGGGACGGAUCAUCCAGAAUGACCCCCUGCGGCGGUUUGAUGGUUACGUAAGCCAGCAAGCCACCAGCAAGAAGAUCGCCCACAGCGUCUUCAAGAAGGGAGACAGUGCCUACCUAUCAGGUGACGUUCUCAUCAUGGAUGAGUACGGCUACAUGUACUUUAAGGACCGGACGGGAGACACGUUCCGCUGGAAGGGGGAGAACGUGUCCACCACUGAGGUGGAGGGAACCCUGAGCCGGCUGCUGGACAUGAAGGACGUGGUGGUGUACGGCGUGGAAGUACCAGGGUCGGAAGGUAAGGCGGGCAUGGCGGCCAUUGCAGACCCGGAACACAACACCAACCUGGAGAAGUUUGUGCGGGACAUGGAGAAGGCCCUGCCCCCAUACGCCCGACCCAUCUUUCUACGCUUCCUGCCAGAGGUCAACAAGACAGGAACCUUCAAGUUUCAGAAGACGGAGAUGCGUCGCGAGGGCUUCAACCCCGCCGAGGUGUCGGACAGACUGUACUUCCUGGACUCCAGCCGGGGGGCGUACGUGCAGAUCACCGAGGACCUGUACCGCUGCAUCAUCUCUGGGAAGCAGAAACUCUGAGGCCUGUCCGUCAGGCUGGCGCUGCCCAAUACCUGCUCAUGCCCAUGCCCAAGCCCCGCCCACACUGCCCUGAAACCUCUCAACGCUCCAACCCCCCCCUCGACACCAAACCACGCCCCUCGUUACCUCAGUGACCACAGUGAGGGGAGACAGGAACACAUUUCAACCAAUGAGCAGCUGUCUCCUUUUCUCCUUCCUCACACGUCCCGCCCCCCCCCCCCCAGCCUCCUCAUUAGCCACGCCCAGGAAUGCCAUUCCACCAAUCGGCGCGUCCCCGCCACGCCCACAGCUUCACCCUGCCCAAUCAGGAUGCCCACUGGGACAGCAUGGCGAUGGGCUGACUGGCAUCAUGGCGAUUAAAAAAAAAAAGGAGAAAAAAAACAACAAUAAAAAAAGAAAAAUUAAAUAAAAGCUAAAUAUGAAGAAAUCAACAAACAAUGACUGAACACACAAAGGACUUCAUGGAAAUCGAAUGGGACUGAAAAUGACUGAAGCACACGUGUGUGUUUCAUGCCUGUGUGUGUGUGUGUGUGUGUGCGUGUGUGUGAACGUGUGUGUGGUGUUGGACGCCAACCCACCAGUCCCUUCAGCUCAACCUGCACAACAUCUCCCAUCAGACUCCAGUCUGGCUCUGUCCCCUACUGCCACCAUCUCACAACCAGUGAGACAGAUUGACCUCUCUCAUUAAGCUAGGCUAGGCUAGGCUCGGCUAGGCUCGCUAACGGGUCCCCUAAUGCAUGUCGCUAACGAAGGAGUAUGUGCUACAAAUGACAAAAACCAUAGAGGGUUUGUGUGCAAUAAGAGCCGCCGCAUGGCUAACUGCCCCGUAGAUCUGUUGGCAGCCGACUCUGAAACAGACGUGGGCCGGAUCUGGGCCACGUGCGGUUACAGUGUUCGAUGCUACUUAGGCAGUUAGCCGUGAGGUGACACACAAUCAACACUAUUUAUUUAAAGGACCUGCAUCGCACCAAAAAUAUUUAAGUUGUAGUGUAGUCUUGAUUCAUAUUUAAAGACAUGAUUGUUGUAUCAUUAAUGUCUUUUGAUUCUUGUACUAUGGUCAUUUUAUUAUUAUUAUUUAAGUGUAUUUUUUUUUUUAUCAUUGCACUUGGGUUGUGUGCUCUGUACGACUGUGCUAAGCCUACUCCUCCACCAGUAGAGGGCAGUGUCACUAUUCCUAAUGGGUCUUGUGAAAGGGCACUUCCUGGCAGCUUCACGCCGUUGGCGUUGUGUAGGUUGAGCUCGAAGGGCUGGUCUCGUCCUGCCGGACACGUUUCCUUUGCAAUUGGACAGAAAAAAAUCUAUAUUGGAGGAGGACACCUAUGGCGGAUAUACACCUGAACCUCCGCCUCCAGCUCUGUGCUGUCAUGGAGACGACGAUGAGGACGAUGAUGAUGAGGAGGAGGAGGAUGGUGAGGAUGGUGAGGAUGAGUGCAAUAUUCUGGUGCUAAAGAGCGAGGAGCUCCAUGGAGGAGACGCAUCACGUGUUCAACCUUUCUGAAGGAGAGAGAGAGGAGGGAUGGAGGGACGGAGAGAAAAGAAGGGAUGAAGAGAAAAGAAGGGAUGAGAAAAACGAGGGAUGGAGCAAAAAGCGAUGUGAAUGGGGACAAAGGGAAAAAAGUGCAUCCAUCAUAAGUGUUUUGUGUGUGUGUGUGUGUGUGUGUGUGUGUGUGUGUGUGUGUGUGUGUGUGUGUGUGUGUGUGUGUGUGUGUGUGUGUAUGUGUGUUCCUUUGGUUGUUCAUUUGUUCAUUCAUUCAGUUCAAUCUGGUCUUGCUUCUCUGUACUUUAAAUCAGCCGUCAUGAAUGAUCAACACAAGCAGGGUUCCGUGCCUUACUGUGAGUGUUGUGAAGACCUCACAGGGUACCUGCACCAUCACGCCCUCUCACCUUCUCUCAUUCUCUCUUCAUCCCUCCCUCUCUUUCCAGAAACCCCUGACCUGUGUGUGUGUGUUUGUGUGUGUCGCUCUUUGCACGUCCGGCAUCCCUCUUGUUCUGUCAUCCAUCACUCCAUCAUUUCAUCCCUCUGCCCCCUCAUCCCAUGUUUCAACACACUCUCUGCACUCCACCCUCCCUCCCUACCUCUCUCUCUUUCUCUUUCUCUCUCUCGCUCAUUCCAACCCAGUCCAGUAUUCCGGCACCUCUGUUUUGCAUCCUGAGUGAUUCCAUCGUGCCGCCACUUCUUCCUGUUCCUUUGCUCCAUUCCGCCUGAUCUCCGAUCACUCCAAAGUAACACCUUUUAUCUUUUUGUCAUGUCUCACGUAUAUGUUUUAUUAUAUAUGUCCCAAAAGCUACCAUAAGCAUCCUCCAAAGCACUAGGAAGGUUUUGUUUUUCUUGAGCCAAAUAUCAAUCAAGUCUUUGGACUCCGGGAAGUGAAGCUUCUAGCGCCCCCCGGUGGCUGUUCUCACACUUUCUCAAAUUGCUUAUGUGUGAGCGCUCUUCUUUCUUUUCUCUUCUUCUUUUUUUGUGUUUGGUUUUUAAAUCAUGAAUGUGUGUGUGUGUGUGUAGGUGUUUCACAUGAGGGCAUGUAGGACACAAGCGCUUCGUCAUCUCGAGCCUCACAAUAAGUAAUAUCUCCGUGUUUCACCUCCUCAUCCUGCAUAGCAGAAAGGGAAGUGCCACAGCAAAAAAAAAAAAAAGAUAAUAGUAACAAAAGUAAUUAUUAAAUUAUUAAUUAAAACGAUUGAACACGCAGGCAAACCGCAGUUUUAAAAGGGCUUGUCUAUUAAUGGGUUAGGGGACUGAUUAGACUGGGGUGGGGGGGUACAAGAAAGGGCUCCACUUGGAAGACUUGCGGAGUCGGCUUUAAAAAGGGGAGAGAGCAGUCCAGUGACACAUUUGUGCUAUCUCUUGUAUCCACACUGAUUUUGUUUUUCUUCUUUUUUCAUGUUUUUAUUCAGAUUUCCUUUGUUUGUUUUUUUUGUUUUUGUUUUUGUAAUUUUAAAUUAUAAUGUGUGUGUGUGUGGAAUUUAUGUAUGGAUCCAUUUAAUCUGUAUGUGAUUUUGGUUUUUGAUUGUGAUUUUGUUGCACUCGUCACAGCUGCGGGUGUGGAUGAAGUUGAGCUUUAACGGGCGGGGUGGGAGGACGGCCGUCCCCAUGACGACGGCUCACGCUGCAUCCCCAUAUCCAUUAGCAAGCCCUGCUCCCUUGACUUGUGUUGAAUGGGUCCUUUUGAUCCAUCUCGUGUGUGUGUGUGUGUGUGUGUGUGAUGAUCAGUCCCAUGAUAGCAACAGACUCCUCUUGCUGAGGUUCUGAUUAGUUCCAUCUCACACAUAUUCACUCAUACACACAAACACACUCACUCAUUGUAGUGGCCAUGUACAUGCAUACACCCACACACACACAUACACACACAUACAGUAUACAUGUGCAUACACUGACCGCUGGAAAGAGUGUGGAUAAAGGCCACAGUGGUAGCAGUGACAGGCAGGAUCCUCUCUGUAGCUUCAGAGUUCUAGAACCUUCCAGAGAGCUCUAGAGGGUUCUUCUCCCAUUGUCCUUACACACUCCAAAAUUCAGGCACAUCAGUAGAGCUACUGCUCUUUGGCGUAUUAUGUUGAAACCAACGGCCAUCUAUGGCAGAAGGGCUAUGCUCUCCCUUGUUGUAAUGUCAGUCCGACGUCUGUUUAUCUCACGCCGAAAUUAAAUGGUGUGGCCAGUUGUCCAACAUCCUAGCCUGUGAGCUUCCUACUGUGCUGCUGACAUGAAACCAGUGCGUGUGUGUGUGUAUCUGUGUGUAUGAGCGUGUGUGUCUGUGUACACACAGACCUCCUCAGUAGUGUUUUCAUGCCGUGUCUGUGUAUGUCGCUGCAGCCUAUUUUGUGGAUCCCCACACAGGAGUAGGAGAGAGCACCUUGCAGUUCACCAUUCCAGCCUCACGGUGGUGCUGUGCAUCAUCGCUGCGUACUGCAGCUGCAUUUCAACUUUCCAUAUUUCCCUGACACCCUUUUUUUCUCUCCCCAUGUUUCUUUACUUUGCGGUUUUGACCAGGCGGGUUGUUCAGAGUAUCAGUGCAUUUCAUUUUCUUCAGUAUCAUGAAGAGCAUUUGAAAUAUGCUUGUGUUUUUUUUAAUGCACUGCAGUCACAGUAUAGGCCUGCGCCUUUGUGUUUUGAAUAUAUGUUUUGCUAGCUUAAUUUGACAUUUACUUGACACAGCCACGCAUCACAUGUACUGUGCAAAGACAAUGUUGUUUUGUCAGUGGUCCACUUAUUGCAAUAUAUAUAUAUCUAUAUAUAUUUAGCUUGUCCUCAUGUCCUCAUUCUCGUGAGUUGUCAUGGCGACCAACAAUAUGGCAGCAAGCACUCAGUGAGCUCUCCCAGUUGUCCUUACAGUGUAAACAAACAAACACAACCACCUGUGUGUGUGUGUACUCCAGCUGAUGGCCAUUUCAAACACGGAGACCUCGUCAUGGGUCAGUUUUGACAUUCCUGUGUUCUCUCUUGUCCGAGGUGUCUCGUGAGUCGCUCCUCCCCUCUGUCCCCCCCCCCCCCCCCC